AUGUAUUCAACAUCACUGCAUAAUUCCCUUGUGGUUCCAGAUAUUGAUGAUACUUUCACCCAUCCCCAAUCGGCGGAUGGAACGCUAGUAAUAUUGAUAGUUAGAGCCAAAAAUUUGCCCAAUAGACGGAAGCUAGACAAACAAUCUCCAUAUGUGGUACUUAGACUAGGUACUGUUGCCAAAAAGACAGAAGAAGUUUUCCGAGGAGGACAAACACCAGAAUGGAAACAAGAAAUACGAUUUGAUUUAACGCGAGAUAGGAAACCAGUCUUAAAAGUUGAUGUAUUAGAUGAUACCAAGGGAGACCCAACCCCUAUUGGAAGUACUGAUAUUGAUUGUUCGGUGAUUUUUACCAGUCAUCAAGGUAGUGAAGAUAAUAAUGGGAAAUAUAUUUUUGAUAAAUGGCAUGAAUUGACUCAGAAUGGGAGAAGAGCUGGGUUGAUAUAUCUUGAAAUGACAUUUUAUCCAAGUGCACCUAUUGUUCCUUCCAAGAUCCCAAUUUAUGUGCCGGAAGAGGUUGUUACUCAGAGGUAUGAUUAUAAUGAUGAUAGGGGUUAUCGGAGAUCAAAUAGUCUGAAUAAUGAUCUGGUUCAAGUGGUUAGGAGUGAUGAAUUUCUUCAUCUGGAAAAUUCAACAUUUAGUAAGGUAUCAUCAACAUUUCUGAACAAAGUAUCAGAGACUGAAAGUGUAACAAGUAAAAACUCAAUUGCACAAGUUUUCAUUAAUACUAAUAAUACUCACAAAAAGACUCCAAAUCGAGACACCAAUUUUACUAUCCCACCUAUCACAAUCUCCCCUACCAAAAAGAAUGAAUCAAAAUUUGCAAAGCUUAAACGUAAGCUCCAAACCAAAGAACCAAUCACGUCAUUUUGGAACACCAACUAUGAACUCAGCACCAAAAGAACACCAUCUCCAUUAAGCGACUAUGAAUCCGCCGAUUUAGACAAUUUACAAAGAGAUAUAUCACAAGUCCACAUCACCGACGACAAUAGCGAUGAAGAUCCAGAUGAGAUCGAAUUUAAACCACCUGCCCCACCUCCCCAUUUAAGUCAAUCCUCGUCUCCUACUAGGAAAUCACCCAGAAGAAAACCUCCCAAGGAUUAUAUGGGGGACUAUGAACCUGGUGUGAGUGUGACAGAUUCGACGACCUCGAUUCCAUUCUCAGCCGACUCAAUAGGAUUGGAUACAACAGAAGAAGAACGAAUGCCAACGAAAGUCUACCUUCUUGACAAACCAGUCAAAUCUAUUGGAGUACCAGGAGGUAACAACAAAGACCCGGGACAUGUAGUUUUAAACCCCGAUGAAAUCGAUCCUAGAUAUUAUGCUCCCACGCCAACCGAGCAUUGGAAUCGAAAGAAUCGAUUACAGAAUGGGACGGCUACUUUGUAUGACUUGAAACUUGAUGCGAGAUUUAAUGAGACGGGAUAUCUUGGUGAUGGGAAGUUUUCACCUAGUGUUUUCCAAAGAGCGUCUAUGAGUCCUUGGGAUAGUAGUGUUGGUAGUAGUAACACUAGUAGCGCGUAUGAAAUUGAUCAAGAGGAUAAACCAAAGGUUCCACCAAAGAUCCCUCAGGGGUUAACUGAGAUGGAGUAUUAUAGAUUGGAGAAGGAGAAAUGUUUACGAGAUUUAAAUGGUAGAAGAAUAUAG